CUGAAUGCCCUAACAGAAGUAAUUACGCAAAUUUUUAGUUUUUCGCAAAUAUAAUUCGUCCUAAAAUCUGUAAUAACAAAAUUUUCUUCUUUAUAUUCCAGUAAAAAUACAUUUGUGGUCGACAAAUACACCUUAUUACGCUACCAAAAGCAUUUCUAGUGUAAAUCCCAGACCUCCUCGACAUAGGGCAGACUAGCAUGAAAGAUUUACUUAAAAAAUAUAUCCACUAAACUAAACAAGAAGUCAUCUGUGUAUUUUGAUCGUGUUGGUAAUCUUGUGGUACACAAUCAUGAAACUGCACGUAAGACUUUUGAUUAAUGAAUCUCGUUAAACCAAGAGAAAACGGAAAAUUAUUGAGGAAAAUCAAUUACAACUACUGAUAAUGUUCGCGGAACACGAGCACGCUAAUUUAAUUGAAAAACCUUAGUGAUUAUAUUGAAGACGGCUGACAAUGAAAUCAAGAAUUUUCCUGUUGAUUCUCGAGGCGACAGCUGUGUUUAUGUAUUCGUAUAGAAAACCCAUACCACAGACGCUAUGGAGACAAAACUGCGCGAAGAAUUCUCAACUGCUCAACGACUGUAAUUGGUGUAAAUGCGAGAACAAUAAAUACAGUUGUAAAGCCAGGGUUUGCAAUGAAGUCGACAUGUUCAAACAUUUCAAUGAAGCAAUUAAUGACAUCAACGUAGGUAUGGAAGGUCACGGUGUUUGGCGUUCGGGCAACGUAGAGUGCCAGCCUGGGGUACAAUACAAAAGAGACGAAUUGCUUUGUGUAUGCGGCAAAAACGGAAAAUGGCCAAGUCUCAUAUGCAAAAAGACCUUUCUACUCCUCGAUUCAGUGGAUACAGCUUUAGAAGAGGAACCGGACGAUCAAGAGUGCGUUCCGGAAACUAUCAGAAUGUUUGGAUGCCGAAUGUGCUUCUGUGGUUCAUCCGGGAGAAUCAAUGCCACAAACUGUUAUGACGAUUUAUGCGCCAAAGACUACGGUAGGAACGGCGAUGAUUCUAAAGAUGUGAUCAAGGAAUUUUACGCGGAGUGCAUACUCGGUAAAGUAUACAGCAUUGGCCUAAAUACCUGUCAGUGUUUACGGAACAACAGACUCGUAUGUAACCAACGCAACGAAAGGAGUCUGUGCAAAAACCGAAGAUCGGGCGAGUCAUUUUAUGUUGACUGCAACCAAUGUUAUUGCGAUGAUAUUAAUCAAAUGCACUGCACAGCGAAACGGUGUUUGAGUGCUCUAAGCGAGGAAUCUCUCAAGGAGCGGUUCAGGAUGCCGACUGGAGAGUUUCCCUUCACGGAAACCCCAAUUGACGACACCGAAUGCAUACCGGGUACGCAGUAUAUUAACGACUGUAACACUUGCAAAUGUUUCAAUGACAGAAACAUGAAAGUCCACAGUUGCACUGUCAAAAAAUGCUCCGAGAAUGACUUUGGCACGGACUGCGUCGAAGGCACGACUUACGAGAAGAACUGCCAUCACUGUUAUUGCACCGUCAUCGAUGGGGUUAAGCAGGAAAUUUGCGGGAUCGACGACCACUGCACCAGAUCGGAUCAGAUCAGGAAAACAGAUCUGGCUGUGUUGCACGGAUAUUGCGAACCGCAACACGUUUAUAAAAAGGAUUGUAACGUGUGCAAAUGUCAGAGCAACGGUCAGAUUAUGACUUGCACGACUAGAGUGUGCAAUAGUUUGAGUGUGGAUUUGGUACCGAUCGCACACGAAUUAGGCCGUUGUCGUGCUGGCCAUACUUACCGGAUAGACUGCAAUGUGUGCUAUUGUUUAUCGAAUGGAAAUAUAUUGUGUACGAUGGCGGUUUGUAAUGGUAAAUAAAUGUGAAUGUUUUUU